AGGGACCAAAACCGCCAUCAACGAGCCUCUUAUCGAACCUUGCUUUCCCAGCUUUCGAUCAAUCACUAGCCAGCAGCCGGGUGAUAUAACCCGGUCGACCAAGAACGAAACAAGCAAAGCGAUAAUGGCCGACACAGCAGCCGGCCCGACGCGGCCACAGCGCCGCUCCUCGCCGCUCAAGAACGGCUACCUGAUCCUCUACAACUUCGUCUCCGCCGUCGCCUGGGCCACCGUCCUCGGCCGCACCGUCGCCCUCUUCGCCCUGCGCGGCCCGCACUUUGUGCACCUCGGCGUCGGCGACUGGACGCGCUGGACACAGACCAUGGCCGCCAUGGAGAUCCUCCACGCGCUUCUCGGCGUCGUCCGCGCCCCCGUCUUCACGACCGUCAUGCAGGUCCUCAGCCGCUUCGUCCUCGUCUGGGGCGUCGUCUACCCCUUCCCCUCGCUCGCACGCAGCACCUGGUACUCGUCGAUGCUGCUCGCCUGGAGCAUCACCGAGGUCAUCCGCUACUCGUACUUCGCCCUCAACCUCAGCGGCUUCCAGCCCAAGCCCCUUACCUGGCUGCGCUACAACACCUUCUUUGUGCUGUACCCCAUCGGCAUCACGAGCGAGUGCGUGCUCAUCUACUACGCCGCCGAGCCCGCCAAGCAGUUCGGCGAGAUUUUCCCCUACGUCUCGUACGCCAUCCUGGCCAUUUACGUUCCUGGCUCGUACAUUCUGUACACCUACAUGAUGAAGCAGAGGAGCAAGGUCAUGCGCAACUUGAAGGCCGAGGAGGCGGGCCGCUCAAAGACUCAGUGAACCGUUCAAUGAGGGAAGUAAAGAGGAGCAGAUCCAAAAAAGGACCAGUUGGGUAUUCCGGGGCUAUACUAGGAAUGGGUAUGGAUAUAGACAAAAAAAAAAAAAAAGAGAGAAAUGUUUUAUCUAGGACGCAUGCCAUCGUUCCUCAGUGGUGGCAACUGUCCAUCCGUUAUGGUUAGGGAGAGAAUAGC